AUGGGCGCCUAUCUCUAUGGGCGCCUAUCUCUAGGGGCGCCUUUCUCUAGGAGCGCCUAUCUCUAUAGGCGCCUAUCUCUAUGGGCGCCUAUCUCUAGGGGCGCCUAUCUCUAUGGGCGCCUAUCUCUAGGGGCGCCUAUCUCUAUGGGCGCCUAUAUCUAUGGGCGCCUAUCUCUAGGGGCGCCUAUCUCUAGGGGCGCCUAUCUCUAUGGCCGCCUAUCUCUAGGGGCGCCUAUCUCUAUGGGCGCCUAUCUCUAUGGGCGCCUAUGGGCGCCUAUCUCUAGGGGCGCCUAUCUCUAUGGCUGCCUAUCUCUAUGGGCGCCUAUCUCUAUGGGCGCCUAUAUCUAUGGGCGCCUAUCUCUAGGGGCGCCUAUCUCUAUGGGCGCCUAUCUCUAUGGGCGCCUAUCUCUAGGGGCGCCUAUCUCUAUGGGCGCCUAUCUCUAUGGGCGCCUAUCUCUAUGGGCGCCUAUCUCUAUGGGCGCCUAUCUCUAUGGGCGCCUAUCUCUAUGGGCGCCUAUCUCUAGGGGCGCCUAUCUCUAUGGGCGCCUAUCUCUAUGGGCGCCUAUCUCUAUGGGCGCCUAUCUCUAUGGGCGCCUAUCUCUAUGGGCGCCUAUCUCUAUGGGCGCCUAUCUCUAG